AGCCACGUCAUAAAAUCAGUCGGAGGUGUGUUUACAGUCGCUUUCGUGGGGCCGAAUUCCGUGCUGUAGUGCACAGAAUGCCACUCAGAACGCAGGUGCUUUUAAGUUUAUUAUAAUUAUUGGCGCAUUCGAGAAACACAAACAUCCUAAAGAAUGUGAUACAAAUUCGACAUGACUGCUGGAGUUACCAUGAGGAGUUCAAAAGGUCGUACGGUUUUGUACGUCUUAGUCGGGUGUUCAAUAGCGUUCCUGGUGUACAUACUGUCUUCCACGCAUAACAAGUUAAAGUUCACGGAAGAGUCCAACGAUAAGUGCCAACAGCAGCGGGAUUCGUUGUCUGCUCAGCUUCAAGUUCUAUACGAACACAAGAGCAGACUCGAAAAGUCUCUUCAGAAUGAGAUGGCAGAGAAGAAGAAGGUGGAAAGCGAAAUGAGGACAUUUAGAGAAACAGUAGACAGAGAGAAGGCUGAGGCCGUAGGAAGGUAUUCUGAAUUGCAACAAAAGUAUGACGAAGUUAAGAAAAACAACCUCGAAGACUUCAAUAACCUGAAAGGUAGUUACGCGACCCUUGUCGGAGAUAAGGAAAAACUCGAAGCAGACAUGGGCAAGUACGUCAAGGCGUUGGAGCAGCAGAAAUCAAAUGAGGCAAACCUUCACGAGCACAUAAAAGAACUCAGUUCGUCAUUAAGAACGGCAGAAGCAGCUCUAGAGCAAGAAAGGAACAAGUACAGCGUGGCGCAGAGCCAGCUGGACACAUGUCAGUCUAUAAGACUUCAGUUGGCAGCGCAGUUGGCCCAAAGCAACGUAGCCAUCAAAUCCAAUGCUGAGGCUCCCGUUGUCAUGAAAAGUGUGAUGAAGGAACAGAGAGACUUGCGUCCACUGCCCAAUGCCGUGCCCAGUGCCCUGCCCGACGGAGUGCCCAAUGCCAUCCACAUACCAUCCAGACAAAAUAUCAUUCUAGAAAAGACUCCAGUGGCACCAAAGCUCUCUCAGGAGGAGGUAAAAGAUGAAAAACUGGCUGGUGGUGCUAUGGGGCUUCAUGAGAAGGAACAACAGAAACUGCAGGCUCCUGUUCCGCCGGAAGACAAUGCUGGCGUCCUUCAGUUACCGCUCUCUGCCAAUAAACUGGCAGGCGGCGGAACAAAGGGGAAGUCCCUUUCGUCGGCGGCGCACCCGUUGAAACUGGAGCAGGCACCCGUUGCUGCGGAGCCACCUUCGGCGGGUGCCGUCAUCUUCAACCGCAGUGCCUCCACCAGAAAUGCGCUGGACAACAAUCCGCCGCGGUACCAAGCCGUUCCUCCGCAGGACGGGAACGGAGUGGCCCCAAACUAUCAGGCAGCACCUCCUCACGACCAGGCACCACCGCCACCUCCUCCACCUGGUGAGCAGCAGCAAGCUGCACCACAUGACUUCAUCCACGUGCAGGAUGCAGAGAAGCCUGAAAGUGUCCCUCAAGAUGCUCAGGGGAAAGAAAACCAGCAGGAGGGUGCUAUUCAAGCACCACAGGCAGCCGAUCUUCAGGUUCAAAAGGAGGAUGGCGGGGACAACGUUCUGGUACCCCCCAAAUCGGGUGAGGCUGGGGACGGAGGCGAAGCCGGCCCCGCGGAGGUGGGCAGAGCGAGACCGGAAGUGGGAGAAGGGGCCCAGAAGAUGGGAAACUUGGCCAGGCCCUUGAUAGAGGCUCCCCAGCAGGGGGCAGGACGUAGGGGACCUGUGUAUCCCCACGGAGAGGAGGACAACAGGGAAUACGCGGAGCCUGUGAGAGAAGAUGAUGCCGGUGAUGACCAAGACGCUGACGGUGCUAUAUUUGGUGCAGACCAUAGGAAACAGUUUCAGGAUGCUGAUUUCGAUGACCAGAUGGUAGAGCCCGAAAACCAGCAGGCGGUAAACCAGAUGCACGGUGAGGGCCUGAUGGUGAAUCCCAAGUAGAUCUCUACCAACAGGAUUAUCAGCAUCGUGUCGUCUUUUUUUCCCCCCGAGAGUGCUUGUGCCAGAACAACAAAUUGUUUGUGCACACAUUUUCGUUCAAACCUCCGAGUCUGUACAUAGUGUUUGGGACAUGUUUUUGUCUGAACCCCCCCCCCCCCCCCAUCACUGUGAUGAAGUGCGAUUUUCCCGGACUUCGCCAGGACUUCACCCGGACUUCUCCCGGACUUUGCCCGGACUUUGCCCGGACCACGCCCGGAGUGACGUACCUUGCAUUUUCUUAGUCUCUUUGGUACGGGUUCAGACGGGUGUGACGGGUAAGGGUAUCAUGUUUUUUGCUGAGGCAUUUGUGAUUAAAUGACACGUGUUAGAACUUGA